UUUUUCCAUCUGUUUCAAGUAAAAUUGUAGAAUUCAAAAAAUGCAGCAUUCCUAUUCAAAAUACGGAAAGUAUAUAUUUCUCAACUCUGCGAAUGGCAAUCGAUAAGAUUAUAUUUGAUAAUAAUGAAUUAGGAGACUAAUUGAACAGUUGAAUGUGAAAAGGAUUUUAACCAAAUUACUGUAAGCUGAUAAGAAUUAAUCACCUCAAAAUUGUUGUAGCAUGUCUCGCCUGUAAUAAAUUUUCACUUCCAAAAAUUAUUGAGUAAACUGUAUUGUGACGGUAAAAAAUGUUGACUGUGGGAAUCAACGGCUUUGGCAGAAUUGGCAGGAUGUGUUUGCGUGUUUGUCUAGAGGCAAACCUCGAUGUGAAACUCAUCAACGAUCCAUUUAUCCCGACAGAUUACAUGGCAUAUCUGCUAAAAUACGACUCAACACAUGGUAUUUAUCCUCAGACCGUAGAAUGUGAAAAAAAUGCUGUUGUUAUAGCAGACGUUUCGAUUGCGACAUCACAAGAAAAAGAUCCUUCAAAGAUAAAAUGGGAAGCUCAUGGAGUUAAUUUUGUAAUCGAAGCCACUGGAGUAUUUACAACACUCGAAAGAGCUUCGCUGCAUCUGGACGGGGGGGCGAAACGGGUUAUAAUUACCGCCCCCUCAACUGAUGCCCCUAUGUACGUAUUCGGAGUGAAUCACUGCUGCUAUUCACCAAAGAACGGGUCAAUUGUCUCUGCUACUUCCUGCACAACUAAUUGCGCUGGGCCUUUGAUUAAAACUAUGAAUGAUAAAUUUCAAGUUCUUGAAGGAAUGAUAACCAGUGUUCAUGCGACAAUUGCCGCACAAAGAACUGUGGACGGACCUACUGGAAAGUUAUGGAGAGAUGGCAGAGGCUGCCUCCAGAACAUCAUUCCCACCUCCACAGGAGCUGCCAAAUGUAUCUCAAAGAUUCUUCCGGAGUUGAAGGAAAAGAUAUCUGCAAUUGCUUUUCGAGUGCCGAUUCCCAAUGUAUCCCUAUGUGACAUCACCCUUAGAGUAAGUCAACCGGUGACAUACGAUGAAGUAAAAAAAGUGAUGAAAGCAGCAUCAGAAACGACUCUCAAAGGAAUUCUACAUUAUACCGAAGAUGACGUUGUCUCUUCUGACUUCAAUCACACGAAAUAUUCCUGUAUUUUUGAUGCAAAAGCCGGUAUCCCUCAGACGAGCACUUUCAUAAAAAUCAUUGCUUGGUACGACAACGAGUACGGAUUUGCUCACAGGAUCGUCGACUUGAUGAAAUUUAUGCACGAAGUUGAUGAAGGCAAAGGUUGUGUGACGGGAGAAAUACUUGAAGAAGGAAAUUAAUAUUAUUAAUUCGUCUUACAUCAUCCAUCAAGAAAUCUACUAUGUACUGUCAAUUGAGAACAAAAAUAAAGAAACAUUGAACAGGUGAAAAAAAAAUACAAUUCAACAGAAAAAAUAAACGUAUCCUAUAGUUUACCUCGUCGACAUGGAUUUGAAUUUACCGCUUCUCACGGCCGAAAAUAGCCGAUCAACGGAGCCAAUGAGAAUGGA